CGGAAGCUUUAUAUAUUUAUCUUCCGUGCGGAAGAAACGUCCGUUGGAGAGUUUCUCUUUCAAACGCGUUAAAACACGACAACAGAACACACGUCCAGUAAUCCAAGAUGGCGGAGGAAAACAUCUUCUUCUUCGUUCCCAAUUUGAUCGGCUACGGGCGCAUCGCGUUGGCCCUGCUGGCCUUCGCCCUGAUGCCCUGCUGCCCGUGGACCGCCGUGUUCUGCUACCUGCUCAGCGCUCUGCUGGACGCCUUCGACGGCCACGCCGCCCGGGCGCUCAACCAGUCCACUCGGUUCGGGGCCAUGAUGGACAUGCUGACGGACCGCUGUGCCACCAUGUGCCUGCUGGUCAACCUGUCCCUGGUCUACCCGUCCUACAGCUUCCUGUUCCAGCUCAGCAUGUGUGUGGACAUCGCCAGCCACUGGCUGCACCUGCACAGCUCAACAAUAACGGGAUCGACCAGCCACAAGAGCAUCGACCUCUCCGGCAACCCUGUCCUCCGAAUCUACUACACCUCCAAGCCGGUGCUGUUUGUGAUGUGUGCCGGGAACGAGCUCUUCUUCUGCCUCCUCUUCCUCCUCCAUCACAUCCAGGAACCUGCAGCGUGGCUCUACUGGCUGCAGGGCCUCUGUGGGCUGGUCUGCCUGCUGAAGACGGCCAUCAGCCUGGUUCACCUGGUCACCGCCUCCCAGAACAUGGCCGCCCUCGACGCCGCGGAGCGAGAGAAGAGCGUGAAGACGCAGUGAGAGAGAGAGAGAGGGAGGGAGGGAGGAGUGAGCUGCAGAUACACCGUGUUGUUGUUAUUGUUUAUUAUGGGAAGGGUUUGUGCACUUAGAUAGAAACGGAAGACGGUUUCAUGACCAAAUAUCUCGACUUUAUUUCCUUUUCACGGCCGAAACACGAAUUUGUCUGCUGAUCGUGAACCUGAAUCACACUUAAAGUAACAGAACGUCUCAAAUAUAAAAUGCAUAACAUUAAGCUUUAGAGGGGAAAAGAAGCAGAGCAAUGAAGUAUUUAUCAUCUAAUAACUAUAUUGAUGACGACCUAAAAGCUUGCAGAGCCUCAAGUGGACAUUUGAGGAACUGCAGCCUGAUUUCACACCGAGCUUCCGAUUCGCCGCUCGACGUAAAUCCUAGAAACAUGAGACUCUUCAGCAGCUUCGAGAUGCCAAACCUGUGGUUUCCACGAUGUCUUUGAACGCCUCGGCAGAUCGGUCUCUUGUCUCGUUUUCAUCCUCUUUAUAAUUCUAAUAACCACAAAGGUGUUUAAUAUUCACGCUGUUUGUUGCUCAGCGAACGCCAGAAAAAAGACAAUCGGACGCACAAAUGUAUUUAAGUUUUUGCUAAAUGUAACUAAUUUUUAAAAAAGCCGUGAGAAGCUCCAGAAUAUUUCUGAUUUAAGAGAAAAGACACAGAUCCACCGUCAUGGCUUCAUUAAUGGGGAUUCAUCUUCCAAUAGAUCCGUUAUUAACCUCUAAUAUUGGUCGAUACGUUUAUCUGCACUGAGAAUACUUCAGCUGGUUUUCUUCAAACAUUUAUUGUCUGGCUCCUUCUUAAAUGUGAAUAUUUGACGGUUCACUUUGUCUUCUACGAUAUUAAAUUUAAUAUCUGAUACCAACUCUGGCUUUUCGGCGACCGCGAUGAACAUUUCAUCUUUUACGAUUCUAAAUGAUUAAUCAAAGAAAAUACCAGAUUUUAUUAAUUCAUUACAAAGUGAAGCUGUAAAAUGAUCAUUUACUUAGUUUAUAUUAUUAUAAUUAAAUUGUAUUUAUUAGGAUGAAAUGAGCAACAGACCAAACAAGUGAAGACGUCAUAAAGACUCGCAUUAAUUUCUGAUUUAAUUGGUGUGAAUGUGGUCGAGCUGACGUUCAUGAGGUUUGUUUUUGUGGAACAGAAAAGAGCACCAAAUAUAAGUCAUUUUAAAGUGUUUAAUGCAGAAUGUGUGUCAAAGUGUUUGUUUCCCAGAAUGUAUUAUAAUAAUAUAGUAAACAUUACAAAUGUAUAUCAAGUGAUUGCAGCAAAGCCAAGUUUAAUGUUAUAUUUGUAGAUUUAAAAAGACAUUUAGUAAUUAUAAUAUUUGAUGAUGAUGUUGUUUUGGAGUACACGUGGUUGACUCAACUGUGAAAAUAAAGACAAUGAGCACCAGA